AUGAACUCCCCUUUCCGCUCCGAUUGUCUUGAAGGAAAAGUGGCACUAGUUACUGGAGGUGGUUCUGGAAUAUGUUUUGAAGUCACCAAGCAGCUGUUGCUCCACGGAGCCAGAGGAGCUGUCAUUUGUGGUCGUCGCGCCAAGUUUUUGGAGCGAGCUUCUGCCAUUCUGGAGAAGGAAACUGGAAAAUCAUGCAAAUAUAAGGUUACCGAUGUUCGCGACCCCAACGGCUGUAUAGAGGCUGUGGAAUAUGCCAUGCAACAAUAUGGCAAGCUCGACAUUUUGGUGAAUGGAGCAGCUGGAAACUUUCUCGCUCAAGCAAAGAGUCUUUCUCCCAAAGGGUUUGCGACAGUAAUGGGCAUUGAUGCACUUGGAACCUACAAUAUGUGCAACGCUGCAUUUCCCAAAAUGGCAAUGAAAGGAGGAGCCAUUAUCAUUAAUAUUUCUGCUACAUUACAAUGCCCUGCGACUCAUUGGCAAGCCCAUGCUUCUGCCGCCAAAGCAUCUGUCGAUUCUCUGACGAGAAGUCUGGCUCUGGAAUGGGGACCGGAGCAAGUACGUGUCGUUGGAAUUGCUCCUGGACCAAUCGCCAACACACCUGGCACUACCAAGCUCGCACCGGGAUUGGAUGCCAGCGAUAUUGAUGGAAUGAUGACAGAAGGCAUUCCGCUAGGACGAAUGGGAGAGGCGUGGGAGAUUGGUCAAGCAGCAGUAUACAUGUGCACUGCCAAGUACGUGACGGGAGAUGUCUUGAUUGUAGAUGGUGGAGAAUGGUUGUAUAGACCACCUCUUGUUCCCAAAGAAAUGGUUUCGGAACUGUCUAGAAAGGUGGAAAAGAAGAGUAGAGCUCAAGCACCACGAUCAAAACUUUAG